AACUACGCGCACUGCGAUGUCUCUCCGACUCUUGCUCGUCGCAGUCGCGCACGCGCGCCUCGCGCCAAUUCGGCAACGCGCCGCAUCGCUGCGCGGCGGCGCCGACGCGGCCUGGGACGCCUUGCGCGCGCACGUCGCCGCGGACAUCGAGAGCACCCACCUGCGCGACCUCCUGCGAGACGACGCGCGCAACGCGGCGCUCACCUUCGCCUGCGGCGACAUCACCCUCGACUGCUCGCGCCAGCGCGCGACGGUCGAGACCCUGCGGCUGCUCGCCGCGCUCGGCGAGGCGCGCGGCGUCGCGGCGAAGCGCGACGCGAUGCUCCGCGGCGAUUUGGUCAACGAGAGCGAGGGCCGCGCGGCGCUGCACACGGCGCUGCGCGCGCCCCGGGGCGCGGCGCCCGUCCUGGUCGACGGCGCCGACGUCCACGCCGCCAUCCACGACACGCUGGACCGCGCCUACGCCUUCGCGGGCAAGGUCCGCGCGGGCGGCGUCGGUAGCACCGGCAAAAUGCUCACGAACGUAGUGGCAAUUGGAAUAGGCGGCUCCUGCCUCGGGCCCGAGUGCGUCUACGAAGCCUUACGCUCGGAGCCGGCGGCGCAGGCCGCCGCCGCGGGCCGGUCGCUCCGGUUCAUCAGCAACGUCAACCCGGCCAUGGCCGUCGCGGGCCACUUUUGCGCCGUGUCUUCGGACGUCGAAAAAGCCGCGAACUUCGGCGUCGAGCCCGACAACGUCUUCGGCUUCGGCGACUACGUCGGCGGCCGCUUCAGCGUGCACUCGCCCGUCGGCGCGCUGCCCCUGGCCCUCCACUUCGGGCCGUCCAUCUUCCGCAAGUUUUUGGAGGGCGCGCGCGCGUGCGACGACCACUUCGCGUCCGCGCCCCUCGAGGAGAACCUGCCCGUGCUCCUGGGCCUCUUCGGCGCCUACAACUCGGCCGUGCUCGGCUUCCCCUGCCGGGCCGUGCUGCCCUACGCCCAGGCGCUGUCGCGCUUCCCCGCGCACGUCCAGCAGCUCGACAUGGAGUCGAACGGCAAGUCCGUCGCGUCGGACGGGUCCGCACUCGCCGGCGACGCGGGCGAGAUAAUCUUCGGCGAGCCGGGCACGAACGGCCAGCACAGCUUCUACCAGCUCAUGCACCAGGGCCGCGCGGUGCCCGCGGAGUUUAUCGGGUUCUGCGAGUCGCAGCGGCCCGCGCACGCCAAGGGCCGCCCGUUGAGCUGCCACGACGAGCUCAUGGCCAACUUCUUCGCCCAGCCCGACGCCCUCGCGAUGGGCGACGUCGACGAGGCCCACCCCGAGCGCGCCUGCCCGGGCAACCGGCCGUCGCUGUCGCUGCUCCUGCCGCGGCUCGACGCGUACCACGUCGGUUUCCUGGUCGCGCUCUACGAGCACCGCGUCGCCGUCCAGAGCUUCCUCUUCGGCAACAACGCCUUCGACCAGUGGGGCGUCCAGCUCGGCAAGGUCCUCGCGGGCCGCGUCGCCGACGCCCUCGGCGACGCCGCGGAGGCCGCGGCGCUCAACUCGUCGACGCGCGGCCUCGUCGCGGCGUACCGGCGCCACGCGCGGGCGUCGAUCGAGGCCGUCGCGAGCGGGUCCUAGAAACACAUUACCCAGUCCUGCUCUGGAACCG